UAGAAAGAACUGGAGAAAACUAAAAAAGAAAAUCAAAAGAGAAUGAAGUGCUAUUCAAAUAUUCCAACAUAGGGCCGGCUGAUGACCAAUAAAAGCAUAGGUGUUUCUUUAUGUUCCUAGCAAGUGUCCACAAUAACACUGUGUCCACAAGAAUAAUAAUAAUAUACUAUAUGCUUCUUUUGACAUUAACCAUGCAUUAUAUAUUUAUUACUAUAUACAUGCUACCUUAGCUUCAACAUGUUAUAGGUAUUCUAUUCCAAAAGAACUAACAAUCUCAAAGCAUAAGAAGAAGAAGGAGGAUGUGGAAGAAGGGGUUUGUUGUGGUUGAAUUAUUAUUAUUAGUGUUGGUAGGUUCAUCAGUUAUACUAGUAGCUGAUGGUUUGAGAAGAGAUGAAUACCCGCCUCAGUUUGUAUUUGGUGCUUCAACAUCUGCUUAUCAGGUAGAAGGUGCAGCAGAUGAAGAUGGAAGGAAGCCAAGCAUAUGGGAUACUUUUGCACAUGCCGGCAAUGGAAUUCAAGCACAUGUUACAUUAUAUCAUUGGGACUUACCACAAACUCUUGAGGAUGAAUAUGGUGGAUGGGUUGAUAAAAAAAUUGUAAGAGACUUCACAGCAUAUGCAAAUGUGUGCUUUAGAGAGUUUGGAGACAGGGUCAAACAUUGGACGACAAUUAAUGAAGGAAAUGUUUUUUCACAAGGUGGCUAUGAUAUAGGAUUCUUACCACCUCAACAUUGUUCACCUUCCUCUAUAUUUAAUUGCUCUAAGGGAAAUUCUUCAACGGAGCCAUAUUUGGUAACACAUAAUAUGUUGUUAGCUCAUGCAUCAGCUGCAACAUUGUAUAGGAACAAGUACCAGGACAAGCAACAUGGAUUUAUUGGGUUUAAUCUCCUUACUUAUGGUUUUAUUCCUUUAACAAAUACUACUGAAGAUAUAAUUGCUGCUCAGAGGGCUCAAGACUUCUUUCUUGGGUGGUUUUUAAGUCCAUUUAUUUUUGGAGAUUACCCUGAAACCAUGAAAAAGAAUGUUGGUUCAAGGCUUCCAAUAUUCACAGAAAGUGAAUCAAAUUUGGUGAAAGGCUCAAUUGACUUCCUAGGAAUGAAUUUUUACUUUUCAUAUUUUGUUAAGGACAAUCCUAAAAGCCUAUAUAUAAAUGAUAGAGAUUAUAUAGCAGAUAUGGCUGUAGAACUUACAGUUUAUACCUCAGAAGAAACAUCUAAGGAUGAGGCUCUGAUUAUUCCAUGGACUUUGGAAGGAUUGCUUGACUCACUGAAGAAUAUUUAUGGAGAUUUUCCAAUUUAUAUUCACGAAAAUGGUCUACAAACAGAUAGAAAUUCAUCACUGGAGGACUGGCCAAGGAUAAAGUACUUACAAGAAUACAUUGGUAGUAUACUUGAUAUGCUAAGGAAUGGGCAUGAUAUAAGAGGCUAUUUUGUAUGGUCUUUCAUGGAUGUGUUUGAAUUAUUGGGUGGAUAUGAAUCAACUUAUGGGCUUUAUUACAUUGAUUUGAAUGACCCCACUUUGAGGAGACAACCUAAGCUCUCUUCUCAAUGGUACUCUAAUUUCCUCAACAAUAGAACUAUGGACCCAAUGGUGGCCAUGCAAAUUGAGAAGAAUACCUUAUUACACAAUGCUAUUUAAUGUAAUAAGGACUAGCUAAAAUCUAAGUGAUAUGAGUUUGUAUUAUGGUAUGCCAAAGAAUAAUAAAGUGACAUGAUUCAUGGUGCAAAUAAUUGAUCAUGAAUGUUUUGAAGCUUGUACAUUUAUAUGUGCAUGAUAUACCACAGUCAAGAUUGGUUUGGUUUGGUUUAAUUUAGUACCAAGAUUUCAGCUUUUAUGCA